AUGUCACCACUAAAAAAAAAAAGGUGGAAAAUCGCCCAUUUUGCCACUACUAGCAUUAGCACAGUUGGAGCUGCUGUAUCCAUCUUUCGGUUGGUUUUCUUAUAUUCAAACAGCCAACAAACUUCCAGGUGCAAUGUUUGCAAGCUACAACUUGCUUAUGAAUACUUUGGACAACGGCCUCCUUUUGGCAAGAAAACGAUUGCUCUAUUAGAAAAUGCAUACGUCAUUCAUGAUCCCUUCGAUGCAGAUGGUAGUCAUUUAAUCCUGGGAUCGCAUUGCUCUGAAUGUGGUGCUGCAGUUUGUGUCGAUCAGAAAUGCAGUCUAUUUUACGUUAAGCGUUUCUGCUGUCAAUGCUGUAUUGCACGAAACGAAGACUUUCCUACUGAGGUGCAGAAGGAAAUUAAGAAAAUGAAAGAAUUGAACUCGAAAAAUUGA